AUAAUUGGAAACAAAAAUAUUUUGCUUGCUGAGAAAUUAAUCACAACCGUCAUCAAAAGGUCUCUCUCUUUCUCUCUCUGCGACUCUGUAGGGCUUUUGUUUCGUAGUCUGCAGCACCUGAACAGCCGUAACAACCCUCUGAGCCUUCGACGAUAGUUGCUGGAGUUCGUAUUUAGAACAUUGAGUACUCAGUGAUUAUAUGGUUAUUAUUUGGGGGGGGGGGGUUCCAAUUUGAAAGUGUGACUUGCCUCCUGAGCUGUCAUUGAUAGAAUGUUGCAAGUGAUCAAAGUAAUGGCUUCUUGCAUGUAGAUUGACAAAAUAUACAGAAAAAGAAAAAAGAAGGGGGUGCUUGUACAGUCCCGUUUGUAAGACCAAAAGCUUUUGGCACUGACUAAACCAAACUAUAUUUGAACAUUUGCUCUUACACCUUCAAUAGUGAGCUAACUUUUUGUUUCUUAUCUGGGUGAAGAGAAACAAUAAAGAACAUAAUGGUUAGAGCAUACACUCAAGAGCACGUUUACAGGCACCCUUGGGAGCGUGUAACUUCUGCAUCUUGGCGCAAAUUUGUUGACCCUGAGAACAAGCGAAUAUUAUCUCACAUUCUUGAAGUUGACACAUUGAACCGCAAGCUUGACCCUGAAUCUGGGAAGCUUUACACCACCCGUGCAAUUACUGUCCAUACCCCAGGGCCAUGGUUCAUUAGCAAAAUCAUUGGUCAGGAUAUCUGCCAUUGUGUUGAAUCAACGGUUGUGGAUGGCCAGUCACGGUCGAUGCAGCUCAGUUCACAAAAUAUCAGUCUCCAGAAGUUCGUAGAAGUGGUAGAGAAGAUUCGGUAUGAUCCACAUCCCGAUAAUCCAAAUGAGUGGACUAUUUGCCGACAGGAAACUAGCAUUCGGAUUAAGCCAUUGUCAGCACUGGCAUCAAUGGCAGAGAAGGUGGAGCAACGAUGUGCUGAAAGGUUUGUUCAAAACAGUGCUAAGGGUAGAGAAGUUAUGGAGAGGAUCUGCAAGUAUCUUGAAGCUGAAUCACGUGGAAUUUCACUGUGAUUCUAACUUCUCUACUUGUAAUUCUGGACUUUUAUUUUGUAGUUAUAGCUGUAAGGCUUGUAAGCUCUUUGGGAGUAUAUUAUAGCAAAAGAUUGUAGGAGUGUAAAACCAAGAAGGGUCCCUUCUGGAGCUGGAUACAAAUUUUGAAAUGCUAAAAUGUAUGUUGGGACAUGCAAUUCUGAUUCAUUUUCCCUUCUUCUUCUGAGGUUUAGAGUC